CAAGAAUCAGAGUAUAUCUGUCGUUUGAGGGCAACCCUGCUCGACGGUAACCCUGUUGUUGCAAAAUGCUGGUGCAACUGUCAGCAAUGAAGUACAAUGGCUGAAAUAUCCCAAGCCAAUUUGCGACAUAUCUUCAUUUUGUUUAUUGUUUUUGUUUAUUUUUAAGCCAAUUUUUUGUAUAAAUAGGCCCUUCUGGCAAAUACUUGUUCUUUUCUAUUCGUGAUACCAAAAAAACAUGUAAGUCGUGCUUUGCAUUUUUUGUUGUAAUUUUUAUUGAACUUGUUAAAGUUUUAAAGUGUUAAAUGUAAAUUUUAACUUGAAUCUUUAUUUAUUAAUAGUGAAUAAACAACACAUUAACGUAACCUCACACCUUAAACACACACACACACAUCAAAUGUACAACCCUUAUAUUUAAAAUACAAAACACAUAUCAAGCAAAAUAAAUAUAUCCAGCAGUUUCAUCAUUUCAAACAUAAAGCCAUACUUCAGUUUUGUUAUUUUGGAAGGCCAACUGGUGUGAGACGUUUAUUCAUCGGUUCACGAAGAAAAGAAAAGCAACAAUUUUAUUCAAUGUUUAAAGUCAUUUUGUGUUAUAUGUUUGGCGGCAAGUAAACAACGUAAAAAAAAAGCCGUGGACGGACGGACAUUUUGUGUUAUUUUUAAUGCAAAAUUUAUUUUGAAGAAGCCAGCCCUCAAAUUUUUGCCAAAUUUUGCAUUAAAAUCAAGCCAGCCUUUGUGUGAAUUGUGUUACUUACCUUUGUGAUCGAGAUUCAGCCAAGUUUAUGUCCAAUUGUCAAGAUCAGCCAAGAAGAACAAGCAGCAGAAGCACAAAAGGAACCCCGCCAGCCCGAUAUCAGCAAUACGUCAGCGAAAUGUCUGUCAACCACUCACCAAAGUCAGAUACGCCAGCAAAAAGCCAACAAAGACAGCCACAGCUACAGCCAAUGGACGGUACUACUCAUGUCAAUACGAUUAAUCCGCCUUCUCAAUUACAGCACCAGAAAACUGCAGCCAAUUCACCAGCCGGGACAUCAAAACCUGUAAAUGAAGUCGGUGAGUUCAUGAAGCAAAUGAGAGUGCAAAUGGAGCAGAUGCAGCGUCAAAUGCAGGUAAUGCAAAGUGAGUACAUUGCAUCAACGAAGAAGAUGCAAGCGCAACUUGUUAAUACUGCCAAACAAGUGGAAACGCAGUUAGCCAAUCAAAUGACGUCGACGUCGCUGUCCGCAUUACCUACAUCGACGCUGCCACAGCCGCCAUCAAAUAUGCCAGAACCAAUACUGCCAACAUCUCAGCCAUCACUGCCACCACCAAAUCAGUCACAAUAUCAGCCGCCACAGAAUCUUCUACAACAGCCGCCACAACUGUCGCCUCUACAACAGCAAGUUUGUCAGCCAACGCCACAAUAUCCGCCGCCAUCACGGUCUAUAAAUUCGGAUAUGUCUGUCCACAAUUCGUAUCCACAAAGUUUUAUAUCUGUUCCACACAAAAAAAUUUAUCCUCUUCCCACAUUUUCAGGUCUUCCAGAAGAAUGGCAAACCUUUUAUGAAGCGUACGAAAGCACCACAGCCGAAUUUGGAUAUAACAGCCUCCACAACAUUAUGCGCCUCAGAGAUGCUAUCAAGGGUCGAGCCAGAGAAACCGUCGAAUCGCUACUAGGUAAUUCUGCCAACGUCGACACCAUUAUACGAACGCUGCUUGAAACCUUUGGUCGUCCGGAACAGCUGAUUAGAAGCCAAAUUGAAAAGGUUCGUGCCAUUCCACCUUUAGCCAAUGACAACCUGGAAGCCCUGGUAAACUUCGCCAACAAAAUCUCGAACAUGGCCACAUUUGUCAAGAACGUGAAGGGAGAUCACCAUCUUUCCAACCCUUCAUUGUUGAGCGAACUGGUCGCUAAACUUUCCACAAGCCGCCAAAUGCAGUGGGCCGAAAAAUGCCUCCAAUUACAACAACCAGCCACCAUAGUUGACUUUGCAGAAUGGCUAUCAGUACUGCGUCGCCUGGCCAAUAUCGUCCAUGACACCUUGCCGUCAACUUCGACCAAUGCCGCAUCAAACCGCCGCCAUUUUGCUGCUACUGCACCGCCACCAAACCGAAAAUACGUCAACGUCACUGUCAGCCAAUGUCCAGUAUGUAAGGGUGAGUGCACUAACAUAAAACACUGUACAGAAUUUUUAAACAUGUCCAUCGACAAAAGAUGGAACACUAUAAAAGGGCUCAAGAUUUGUUUUUGUUGUUUAAAACGUGGACAUCAAGUUAAAUUUUGCCACACAAAACGCCGUUGUGGCGUUAAUGAUUGCCCAAAGCCACACAACAAUUUAUUGCACAGUACACUUUCACAAUCACAACCGGAGCCAGCGAUCGAGCCAACUCAUUUGUCCACGACGGGUGGGACACAAAAUAACCGCACGGUCACGUCCGAAGCACAACGACCACAAACCGAAAGACGAAAUUGCCAUGCAGCUCAUUCUCCCGAUAAUGUGCUUUUCCAGAUUUUACCCAUAACUUUGCAUGGGCAGCACAAAACAAUAAGUACUUACGCCUUCAUUGACGACGGCGCCAACGUUUCUAUGCUGGAUCUGGAAAUAGCACGAGAACUUGAACUCCAUGGAGAACCUGAGCACUUGGAGCUGCAAUGGCUUAAUACUCACCGCGUAACACAGAAAACGGAAAAAAUUCGCGUGACCAUCAGUGGAGUUGGCCAAUUUAACAGAAAAUACUUACUUUCCAAUGUUUACGUUUCAUCGGAUAUGUCAUUGCCAGUACAGAGUUGCCAUAUAGCUCAUUUUAUGAAAUCCCAAAAAAGUGACAAAAUCGCCAAUUUAAAUAUGCGGGAUUAUUCUAAUGUUCAACCAAAAAUGAUUUUAAGCUUAACCCAUUCCUUCCUAACAGUUCCCAUUGAGACGCCUACACUUUUAUCCGAAUUUGGACCCAUUGUGUCAACCACCAGAUUAGGCGCUGUUAUAUAUGGACCAAUUCCUGGUGAAGAACCAACAAACAUAAAGAGGGCUUUACACGUAAGGAAGUGUGUGUACCAAAAUGAUGUUUUGAAGGAGUUGAGCGAUAUGAUGCGUGGUUAUUUUGAUGUGGAGACCCUUGGAACCAAAAUACCCGUGAAACCUAUAAAAUCCAAAGAAGACGAGAGAGCAAUGGGCAUAUUGGAAACAAACACAAAGCAAGUAAAUGGCCGAUAUGAAUGUUCGUUGUUGUGGAGAGAAGAUGUGAGACCGAUCCCUGACUCAUACAACAUGGCUUUGAAUCGUUUGUACUCUGUGGAACGUAAGAUGGCAAAAGACAGUGAGUAUAAAAUGGAAUAUUGCGAUAAAAUAGCAGAUUAUGUUAAAAAAGGAUAUUGCCGUAAAUUAUCGGAUGAAGAAAAAUCUAUAAUGCGCGAACGGACCUUUUAUUUGCCCCAUUUUGGUGUACUAAAUCCAAAUAAAAAAGGAAUUCGGCUGGUUUUUGAUGCGGCGGCCGAGGUUAUGAACUUCUCAUUAAACAAAGCCUUACUUCCUGGUCCUGACAUUAAUAACUCAUUAAUUUCAAUUCUUUUUAAAUUUAGAGAAUCCCCCAUUGCUGUAUGUGGUGACAUACAAGAGAUGUUUCACCAGAUCGCCAUUGCCAGGAAAGACCAAGAUAGCCAAAGAUUUCUGUGGAGAGAUGGCAAUCCUGAUCAGCCUGUGGACACUUAUGUUAUGGAAAGGCUUAUUUUUGGAGCCACCUGUUCACCAACCAUUGCCCAAUAUGUCAAGAAUAAAAAUGCGACAAAAUACAUCGAAAAGUCACCAAGAGCCGUCCAUGGUAUCAUCGAACGUCAUUAUGUGGAUGAUUAUGUCGAUUGUUUCGAAACUGAAGAUGAAGCCCUUAAUGUUGUUCGCGAAGUGGUAAGGAUCCAUAAAUCCGGUGGUUUCCAUCUUCGCAACAUAAUAUCCAACAGUGAACGAGUGGCAAUACUAUGUGGUAAUAAUCCUGGCAAUGGCGAGAACAGUGGCAACUUUCUUUUUGGUGACAGCAUAGAACGGGUACUCGGUAUUCAUUGGGCACCAAAGACAGAUGAUUUUUGUUUUCAUUUGCGUUUGGCCAAAGUGGACAAAAAUAUAUUAAAUUUUACAAAGGUGCCAACAAAAAGGGAGAUGCUCGGCCUAAAUAUGUCCGUAUACGACCCAUACGGAUUCCUGUGCGACUUUAUGGUGACGUCAAAGGUGCUAAUGCAGAAGGUCUGGAAAUGUGGGGUAAGUUGGGACGAGCAAUUGCCGUCAGAAAUUUAUAGCCAGUGGAAGUACUGGUUGGAGCAGUUAUCGAGAUUGGUGGAAUUUAAGAUUCCAAGAUGUUACGCCGGUGGUUUUAGCAGCAGCAAUGUUGAUCUACAUGUCUUUGUGGAUGCAAGCGAAGAGGCUAUGGCAGUUGUGGCAUAUUGGAGAGUGGUAAGUGUCAGUGGUGUUAAAGUGAUGUUUGUAAUGGGCAAAACAAGCUGUGCCCCGACACGGUAUCACACAAUACCAAAACUGGAAUUGCAAGCUGCUGUAAUGGGCGUUCGAAUGAAAGAGGCCAUAUUAAAAAACCAUUUGUGCUGUGUUAAUAAUGUUUUCUUUUGGUCAGAUUCUUUUACGGUGAUACAGUGGAUUCGGUCAGAUCACCGAAGAUACAAGCAAUAUGUGGCAAAUCGUGUGGCUGAGAUAUUGGACGGCAGCCGCAUUGAACAAUGGAGGUGGUGCCCUGGUAACGAGAACACUGCAGACGAAGGAACUCGCUCAAAACUGUUCAAGCCAUAUGAACCCGAAGGACGUUGGAAAAAUGGACCAACGUUUUUGCGGAAGGCGGAAUCGUAUUGGCCGAGUGAGGUGCACAAUCAAAUGAAAAAGGAUGAAAGUGGCUCAGAACUGCGAUCCAAGCACAGAGUUCUGAAGGCUGAAACGGGCUAUGGCAUGGGUGUUCCGGUAUGUGCAAAACAUGAGCCGUAAAAUCAAAGGUGAGGCGUUGUUCUUGUGUGAUCUGUCGCUGGAAGAAGAAGAGAAUGCCGUGUCUUAUCUGUGCCGUCAUGUGCAACGUCAACAAUACGAAGACGAACUUGAGGACCUGAAAAAACAA